UCCGACCCGAGGGUCGCUCCCCGGAUCGCUCCCGCCUCCCCGCACUCAGCCCCCUGGCCCGGCCUCCGCGGCUGUCGGGGGGCUGCCGGGCGGGGGCUCCGUCAGUCCGUGGUCAGGCGGGUGAGGCGGGACGGGCGCCGCCCGCCCAGCGCCCGGGCACGCUCUCGCGGCCUCCCGGUCUCGUUCAGGCGGAGGACUGGGGGCGGCAGACGCCUCAGAGCUCGCCGCCCACCGAGUGUGCAGCGGAAAGCGACGCGCGACGGGCGAGGACGGAGAACGGCCUCGGGUGUGCGUCUGGCCGUCGGAAAAAAUCGAAGGGGUGGAAGGAGUACGGCAGGUGAUUUUGGGGGGCACAAAAACCUUCUUUGAAGAACUUUGUACAGUGUUGAAGGAUGGCAGAAGCGGUGUUGAUAGAUCUCUUUGGUUUGAAAUUAAACUCUCAGAAAAACUGUCAUCAGACAUUACUAAAGACAUUGAAUGCUGUCCGAUACCACCAUGGUGCCAAGGCCAAGUUCCUUUGCAUAAUGUGUUGCAGUAACAUCAGCUGUGACCAUGAUAAUUGUGAAUUAGAAACAAGCAAUGGAUUAUCUGCUUCCCUGAGAGAAUUUGAGACUGUUAGCAAUCCCAGCAUGGCUGCUUCAUUGUAUACCAUUAAACAAAAAAUUGAUGAAAAAAAUUUGAGCAGCAUUAAGGUAAUUGUGCCUGUGCACCGGAAGACAUUAAUGAAGGCUUUUAUUGGUCAACUCUUCACUGAUGUUUACAAUUUUGAGUUUGAAGAUUUACAGAUGCCUUUGAGGGGAGGUCGUUUGAAACAGCCUACUGAAAUAAACAUAAUCACAGCUCAAGAACUAGAAGCAAUCCAGAAUGAAAUAGAAACAUAUUUGAGAAGUUUGCCAGCACUGAAAGGAGAAUUAACCAUUAUCACAUCUCCUUUGAUCCCAGAUAUUUUCAUACAUGGAUUUACUACAAGAACAGGUGGAAUAUCUUACAUACCAACUCUUAGCUCAUUCAAUCUCUUCAGUAGUUCCAGACGGAGAGAUCCCAAGGCUGUUGUUCAAGAAAAUCUGCGUAGGCUGGGGAAUGCAGCAGGAUUUAAUGUGAAGAAAUUUUACCGAAUAAAGACUGAUCAUGCCAAUGAUGUCUGGAUUAUGGGAAGGAAGGAGCCUGAAUCUUACGAUGGAAUCACCACAAAUCAAAGAGGAGUCACAAUAGCGGCUCUUGGUGCUGACUGUAUACCAAUUGUUUUUGCCGAUCCUGUCAGAAAAGCAUGUGGGGUUGCUCACUCUGGUUGGAGAGGUACUUUGUUAGGUGUUGCUAUGGCUACAGUGAAUGCUAUGAUAGCAGAAUACGGCUGUAGUUUGGAAGACAUUAUUGUUGUACUGGGGCCUUCAGUAGGACCUUGCUGUUUUACUCUUCCAAGGGAAUCAGCAAAGGCAUUUCAUAAUCUUGAUCCCGGAUGUGUACGGCUCUUUGGCUCACCAAAUCCCUAUGUUGACAUCCGUAAAGCCACGAGGAUUCUUCUAGAACAGGGAGGAAUUCUACCACAGAAUAUUCAGGACCAGAACCAAGAUCUCAACCUCUGUACCUCCUGUCAUCCUGACAAGUUUUUCUCCCAUGUCCGAGAUGGCCUUAACUUUGGUACACAGAUUGGCUUCAUAUCAAUUAGAGAAUGAGAUACUUGACUGGACUUUUGCAUAACUAUUUCCUGCUUCCUUCCCAACCAACUGUAGGAGAGAAAUUUAGCUGUUUGAUAUACUUAAAGCCAAAAGGAUUAUAAUGAAUAAUUCAUCUUUCAGAUAUAUUUUCAUUGUUAUCCAAAGCCAAAUCAUUUCAUUGAUUCUAACAAUAACUGACACAAAAUCAAUAUGAUGUAUUGGGUUGGCCAAAAGAUUUGCUCAGUUAAUGAAUACGUUGUUCAAUAAUGUUCUUGGUGAAAAUGACAAAUGUGUCUUUUAUUUUUACUUAAACCCAAAUGAACUUUUUGGCCAACCCAAUAGUUUAUAUGUUACACAGAUAAGGAUUAUUCUUAAAGUUUGUACUCUGUAAUUGUUACGUAAAUCAGGAAUAGGUCUAUUCAGUUUAGUAUUUAUUGGGUAGCCUCUAUUUGUCAAGUAUUGUGUGAAUCAUAGGUGAAAUCAAAAUGAGUAAUACUUUUUCCCUUUGAGUCUAAUGUAGUGGAAGAGAUAACCACUUCUAACACUUUAAUUUUAAUAGCCAAAGAGUACAGGAGAAGGGAGGAUUAAUUCUAUGUGAAAGGCAGAAUAGAGAAGGUAUUACAGAGAAAAUGACUUACCACAUGCGCCCGAAAGAUGAUGUAUAGGCUUUUGACAAAUAAAGAACAAUCAUAACAGGUAGAGGGAGUACCAUAAACUAGGGCAUGAAACUGUACGUGUAUAACAUGUUCUGGAAAGAGAAGGGUGUGGGCAGGAGUUACUGGAAAAACAGGUUAGAAACAGAUUAGUUCGGGUCUCAAAUGCCAUGUCAGAGAGUUUGGAGUUUAUUUUCCAGGCAAAGAGUAGGCAUAGAAAGUAGGAGAGUGUUUUUAUGUCCUUGGCAUUAUAUUUAACAAGAUGGAUUUAACUUGUGAGAGACUAAAGCAGAGAGAUUAGUUAAGAGGCAGUCACGAGACUUUUAAAAAGAAAUAAUGAAACCUGAAUGCAGUGGAAAUUAAAACAGAGGCAAGAGUAGAUGAAUUAGUGAGACAUUUCAGAGAUGGAAUCUGCAGAUCCUGUUCCUAGAUCAUGGAGGUAAGAGGUGAGGAAGAGUGGAGAAGUCCCUGAUGCCUCCACAAUCUCUGCUUGGCUGACUACCUAGAGUGGCAGCAAAGAUGGGGAGGAGGUUUGGGGCAAGGGGGAGGGAUAAUGAGAUUGACACACAGACUGAAGUACAUCCAGAUGGAAAUAUGUGGUCAACAAUUAGAAAUAGAGACCAGGAACCUGGGAGGGAGUCGCAAAAAAGACAGCAAUUUGGGAGUUGGCUAUGCAGAGGCAAUGCCUGAGUCUGCUGGAACAGGCUGGAUCAUCUCUGUAGAAGCAUAGAGUGAGAAGAAAGGAGGUCCAAGGAUGAAACCUCAUGCAACACUUGCAUUUGGAGAGCCAGAAGCUGAACCAGUCAAAAAAAUUAAUCCUAGAAGAAAAAAAAUGUAUAGUCAUUUUGGAGAAAGAAGCCAGCAUAGCUAUGAGAGGUACUCAAAAAGAAAUCUUCAGGGAGUUCCCUGGUGGCCUAGUGGUUAGGAUUUGGCGCUUUCACUAUGGAGGCCCGGGUUUGAUCCCUGGUCAGCAGCCUGCAUGCCGUGCAGUGUGGCCAAAACACAAAAAUAAAUAAGUAAGUAAAUAAGUAAGUAAGUAAAAAAAAAAAAAAAAAAAAAAGAACUCUUCAGAGAGAAAAUAAAAUGAGAAGAAACCAAUGGAUUAACCAUGUUGAAGCUGUUCUACAGGUCAUGGUGGUGGAGUCAGAUUUCAGUUCUUUGAGGAAGAGGAUGCACCAGUGUCAACCAUUCUUCGCUAGUAUUUAUUGGAGAAAAUAAAGCACCAAGGGCUGUAUUUUGAGGCAGUGUGUGUGUGUGUGUGUGUGUGUGUGUGUGUGUGUGUGUGUGUUUGGGAGGGGGGAUGAGUAGUCUUAAGUGUAUUUGUAGGCUGAGGAGAGGAUUUGGGCUGUUUUCACUUGGGAAAAAUGGUAUGUAUGGUACAUACUUUUAAUGUGAAUUGUCACAUUGUACCUUAAAAAGAUUUCUUAUUCAUACAUAUAUUUCUUACCUGAAUAUGCAGAAAAUUACAUUUGUUUGGUACUUAUAAAGGACUUUCAAGUCCAUUAGCUCAUUUUACCUUUACAGGUACCCUGAAGUACAUGUCAGGUGCUAUUCCUUUUAUUCAGAUGAGAAAACUGAGCCUCGUUGAGGUAGAGGCUAAAAUCACAUAAUUUGUGAUAAAGUAAGAUUUGAACCCACAUCUUGUGACUCCAAAUAUCAUUUCAGAUUUUACAGUUAAUCAGAGCUAUCUAAAUUAAAUUUUUACAACUUUUUGUUAAUAUCACAUAUUUAUCCACUCAGUCAAAAUGUUGUUGAGGUGCUAGGGUAGGUUAAAAAUUAUAGUUAUGGCCCUCAAGAUAUUUAAUAUCCAGUGAAAGGUGACAUUCAAUAAAGCAACAAUUUUAAUACUGUGAUAUGUGUUGUAAGGUUGUUUAAUUCUUUUAUGUAACUCAUAGCUCAGUGUGAAAUUUAUAUAAAAUACCUCAUUUCUUACAAUUUAGGGAAGGCAUUAAGUAUAAAUCAUAGGACAAACUCAUGCAAUCAAACUCAUGUAAAAUACUCUUGUUUUCAUGAUAACAGUAAGAUUAAGGAAUAAUUCCAUUGAGAAAGAUGGAUAAUUUUCCAGUUCUUCACUGUAUAUUAUUUUGUUGAAUGCAGAGUAUUAGGCAGCCAUGUUUUACUUUAUGUACCAAAAUACUCCAAAACCAAAUAAAAAUUAUGUUUGAUUAUCUAUGAUUUUGCAUUAUCUGUGUCAAAGCACAGAAUGAAAAGUUGUCUCCUUGCUGUUUUACUGAGUGAAAAGUAUUGAUUCAGUAAGUCAAAAACAGAAUGUUGGUUGUUAAAUAGUCAUAUCUUAUUGCCUCUACAAGAUGUCUCUCACUUUUAAGCAUUUGUGUAUAGGUUUCUGGGACUUUCGGGGUGUAACUACAAUGAUGACUUUUAAUAAGUUUUGUUUUCAAUCUAAGCACUACUACUAACUGCACAUAGAAAAUAUAAGUUGUUGUUUUAGUAAGACAGGAAAUUAAGUUCGUAAAUCAGAGUUCAUGACAUGAUUUUUUAGAGGUACUAAUUAGCAAACUAAAAUUUACCUAAUUGUAAUUUUAAAUUCUGAAGAGUAGCAUAGUGAUUAAAUCUGCUAUACUCCAUUGCUUUAUAAAGCAAAGGAAAAAAUGGUCUUUCCACUAGGAGGUAGUAUUUCUACAAGUAGCUCUGCUCUGUUUCUUGGUAUAAAGUUGAACCAACCUUAAUCUCUGUAUUUAUUUGUACAAAACACAUAUAUGGCUCUUACUUUAGAUGCAACUUAUCAUAAUUCAAGUAGGUAAAAACAUUUAGGAAUCCUCACCUACCUGGGUCUCACUUCUACAGAAUCUCCAGUAACUGCUUUUCUGUAAGUAGAUUGGGGGGUGGGGGGGAUUCAAAGAAGCUUAUUCUGUGUCACAUGACAAAAACAUAAAUGAUACCCAUGGAUUCAGAAGCUGGAAAUAAGAGGACAGUGACAUAAGAACUCAUUUUAUAUCUCAAAGUGGGAUUUGAUAUUUGUUUUCACUCAGUUGUCCUAAAGUUGUACUUCCGAUGUAUCCAUCCUUUUAUGUGAACUCUUAGAGAGUGCCACCAAUCUUAGACAUGGAUCUGUGUGUGUGUGCUAAAUGGUAAACAAGAAAUAUGUGCCAUGUAUGGCACAUAGCCUCUUUGCCCCAGCUAACGUGAAGUCACACAAAAUACAUUGGAUGCAGUGGAAUCAUAGAUUUCCCUCUAUAAAAAUUUUGUAAAUCGGGCAGUAAAGAAUGGAAGCAUGGACCUUAUGCUCACUCUAUGUGUUCAUGGGAGCUCUGGUCUAGAGCGCGUCCAUUUCCAUUGCAGGCAGUGUUUUUAAACUUUACCUGUGAUUUCAAAGAUGAGGCAGCUGCUGUAAGUAAUGCAUUGUUCUGUGCGAGGUCAUUGCUUAAUGAAAGAAAAAGAAAUCUGCCAGUACUGCUUUUUCCGGAUGAAUGCAUUUGGUUUGGACUCACAAUGAUCACAUGUCAGUUGUGUGGAGACAAACUUCUCAUACUCUCCGUAGGCACAUUUUCUUUGUAGAGAAAGAAAUGCUUACAUCACGCUCCCUGUGGCUGUGCCAGUUGCCUGAGGUGAGCUAUGUCCUUUCUGUAUCUGGAGCAGGCUUUUUGUUUUAUGUAGUUCUCAAAAGGCUGGGGUGUCCAGUUACUGUAUCUUAUUAAACAAUUAAAAUUUCUAGCAGAUUCAAUAGCUCAAAACACUACAUGCCUUUCUAACAACAACAAAAAGGGUAAUCGCAUUCCGUGAGAAACAUCUGUAGAAAAUAGACCUGUUCAUGGUGACAAUUGAGUUAUGAAUUUUUAUUAUCCUUUAUUUUCUUCUUUAUUUUUGCAUCACACGUUGCUACAGUUUACAUCUUACCAGUGCUUCCCUAUUAUUUCACUUUCCUUAAGUACUUGUUUUAGCCUGAAUCUAAUAAAGCUCUAGAGCUAAUUAUCAAUGUUUAAGAAAUAUGGGGGAGGGAGGAUUAAGUUAAAGGAUACCACAAAUUUGGGGUGGUAAAAAAGUGAUCCACUUUUUGGAACUGGUCAAGAAUUUUAAAAAGGAUGGGAGAUACAGCUGAAACCAAUAUGUCAACUAUACUUCAAUAAAUUUUUUUAAAAUAAAAAAGUGGCUAUAUCAUUUUACCAAAGAAAAGAUAGGAGGGGGACUAUUCUGGAUUAAAAUAGAUUUAUUAGACCUAACAGUCCCAUGAAAUGAGUGGGCCUAGUUUGGAUUCCAAUGAGAAGAAACUAUAGAACAUAUUUUUGAGACAAUUGGGAUAAAUUUGAAUAUGAUCUAGGUAUUAAAUGAUACCAGGAAUUAUCAUUAGUUUUUCUAGAGGUUAAUGAUAUUGAAGUUCUGUAAAAAAUAUGUUGAUCUGUAUUGAACUGUGUAGGAGUAAACUGAUGUGUUACAUGCCAGUUGCUACCAAAUGUUUCAAUAAUAAUAAUAAUAAUGAUAGUAAUAAUAAGGUAUGAUGCAAACAUGGCAAAAUCUUGAAUUGUUAAACCUGAGCGAUGGUUAUCUGGGGGUUCAUUGUACUGUUUACUUUCGUGAAUGUUUGAAAUUUAGCCAUAAUUUUUUAAAAUUUAAACUUCUUGCACUGCUAGUAAUAUUUAAAGUAACAUUUUUGUUUAGAAAAAGUAUG